AUCGUAUUGUCACUGUAUCACUCUCAUCACACACACAGUCGGAGUUGUAGCGGCGAAGCUGCGAUCAUAGAAGCAAGCAACAGAUGGCGAAAACAACGUCGUUGCUGCUGUGUACACUACUCCUCUUCGGAACCCUAGCUCUAAUCCAGGCAAAGAAAUCGAAGGAGGAUUUGAAGGAAGUGACCCACAAGGUUUACUUUGAUGUUGAGAUUGAUGGAAAAGCUGCAGGUCGAAUUGUAAUGGGUCUCUAUGGGAAGACAGUUCCAAAAACUGCAGAAAACUUUCGAGCUCUUUGCACAGGGGAAAAGGGAACUGGUAAAAGUGGAAAGCCUCUCCAUUACAAAGGUAGCUCAUUCCAUAGAAUUAUCCCUAGCUUUAUGAUCCAAGGAGGUGAUUUUACACAUGGCAAUGGAAUGGGUGGAGAAUCAAUUUACGGUGAGAAGUUUGCUGAUGAGAACUUCAAGUUAAAGCAUACUGGACCAGGACUUCUAUCAAUGGCAAAUGCUGGUCCUGACACCAAUGGUUCACAAUUUUUCAUUACAACUGUGACAACUAACUGGUUGGAUGGAAGGCAUGUUGUUUUUGGUAAGGUUCUAUCUGGAAUGGAUGUUGUUUACAAGAUUGAAGCUGAAGGAAAACAAAGUGGCACUCCCAAGAGCAAGGUUGUGAUUGCUGACAGUGGUGAACUCCCUCUAUAAAUGCACUUCUUUAUUCUCAACCAGGAUUUGUUGAAGGUGUUUCAAGUUUUAAUUUCAUUUCCACCUAAGAGACUACUUAAUUGUUAAAAGCAUGUGCUUAUAGGUCAAACGUUAAUUGUAUGUUUGUGAUACUCGGUAGAUGAAGUUUCACCCUAAUGAUUAAACGAAAAAUGGCAUUUGUGAACGUGAGAUUUGUAGAGAUCCUGGUGAACAUGGCUGUUGAUAUAAGCAGCAGCCUCUAAUGUGAGGGCUAGGUUGGGAAAUAAGAUAAUCAUGAGAAGAAAAAUACAUGCAAAAUUUUGUAUUAAAAUGAAAUAAGAAAGAAAUAAUAAGGAAAAACAGGACAAAUUAUGAUAACGAUAUCCUGUUUCUAAAACAACGUACGCGUCAGUUGAAUGCCUAGAAAGCAAUAGAAAGGGAAAAGUUAACGUGG